GGAAAUUGCAAAUUAAGACCACAGUGAGAUUAUAUUGUAUUGUGGUAAAAUACACAUAAAAUUGAUCAUUUUAACCAUUUUAAAGUGUGCAAUUCAGUGGCAUUAAGUACAUUCACAAUACUGUAUGAUAAUCAUCACUAUCUAGCUCCAGAUUUCUCUCAUCACUCCAUGAGGGAAACCCAUAUCCUUUAAGCAUUCACUCUCCAUUGCGAUUUUCCCCCAGCUCCUGGCAACCACUCAUCUCCUUUCUAUCUCUAUGCAUUUAUCUAUUCUGGAUAUUUCAUGUAAGUGGAACCUACAAUAUGUGGUCUUUGGUGUCUGGAUUAUUUCAUUUACCAUAAUGUUUUAAAGGUUUACUUAUGUGAUAGCAUGUUAUCAGUACUUCAUUCUUUUUUAUGGCUGAAUAAUAUUCCAUUGUAUGGAUAUGCCACAUUUGUUUACCCAUUCAUCAGAUGAUAGGCAUUUGGGGUGUUUCUAUCUUUUGGCUAUUGGGGAUAAUGUUUCUAUGAACAUUAGUGAGAUAAUGUUUUAUACUUAUUUAACUGGCAAAAAAUUAAGAAGUAGCUAAUAUCAAGUAUUGGAGAGACCUCUUUAAUUGUAUUUUGCUGAUGGGAGUGUAAUUUGCUUAACCAUGUUGGAAAACAACUUGACAUUAUCUUGUGAAAUUGAACUUUCACAUACUGUAUGAUCCAGCAAUAUUACUCCUAGAUACAUACUUAGAGAAAGUUUAGCAUGUAAGUACCAGAAGAUUUAUACAAGAAAGUUAACAGUAGUACUAUUCUUAAGAGCAAACAACUUGAACCACUCAGAUGUGCAUCAAUAAGCAUUUCUUUUAAGGAGUCUGCUAUAAAGGGAAGGAAAGUAAUGGAGGAGUAGUGGGGGUUGAGAGUUUUUUUUCCUGAUUGAAACAGGAGAAAAAUUACAUAUUGCAUAUGCUAAAGAAUUAAUGCCAUGGAAAAGGGGUGUGGGGUGGAGAACUACUGGAAAACUUGAUUUCUCAGACAUUUAAUCUGAAUUUACCUCCUAGUUCUGGAGGGUGCUGUAUAUACCCUCCAGUUUUAGGUUUUACCUAUUCUUCACUUUCCCUUCAUAAACUGCUAGAUCAAAUAGAGCAUAUCAACUAAGUACUCAAAGAAUUAUCUGUUGUUCCUAUUGUAACAUCUAUAGAGAAUUUGAUUGAUCCACUUUCCAUAUCACCACAUAAAUAAGAUCCAACUCACCAAACGCUCCCAUUCAUAAAUUAUUCACCAAUCAAAAUGAAGUAACUAGAGUUAUAGAAAGAAACAUGGAUGAAUCUUAGUAACAAAAUGUUGAGUGAAAAUGGCCAGUGGAAGAAGACCACAUGUAGUAUAUCCUUUUUUAGACUGUUUAAAUACAAUUAAAACUAACUUGUGAUGACAAUAAUGGAAAAGUACAGAACUUAGGACAAUGAUUACCUCUGGGAGGAAAACAGAGAGAAAAGGAGCACAUAGAUCUAAAUCAUUGGUAAUCUUCCAGUUCAGUGGUUCUCAAACUUGAAUCUUCAUCAGAAUCACCUGGAGAGCUCAUUAAAACCUAGGCUGCUGGUUUCCACCCCCAGAAUCGGUGGAAGGGUUUGUUUGGGUGUGGGGCCUAAAACAUGCGUUUCUAACAAAGUCCCAGGUGCUGCUAAUGCUGUUCUUCUGGGACCACACAUAGAUAACCACACCUAGUUCUUAGGUUGGGUUGUGGGUUCACUGGUGUUGCACUGCAUUUUGUUAUGAAAUGAAUGUAGUAUUUAAAUUAAAUGGAAAAAAAAAAGAUAGUCAUAGACCAAAGCAAAGAUGAGAGUGUUUCAUGAAGCAAGGAUUAAUAUUAAUCCAGUUCUGGGCUCCAGAAGCAUUCACCCAAAAAGAGGUAGAGUUCCACCACUAAACGCAAACUUGGCAAAACACUGCUUUAGAAGUGUUGCUAACUACUUUGAGAAAUAAAGUUGAAGGUUGACUCUUCCUUAUCAGUGACAACAGCCUGCAUUUCACUUCUCUGGAUCUCAAUAAUCUUUGGCACAUAAGAUAUCUACAUCCUUGGUUGAUUCAAGAUUGUGUUUAGAGAAAACAUUUCCCUUACUUUGCAUGUUCUUACUCUUCCCUCAAGUGCUCUAGGUAAUUAUUUUUCUUACUUUCUACCUCCCUCUUCCAGAUUUCUUGUGUCUAGCUGCUACGUUCUGAGAUAAAAUUUAGAUAUUUCAGAACUCUACAUUGAGCAGGGCAUAUGUAAAGCGCAUACUGUUGUGUCCAGCAACGUGCCGGCCACUGGGUUUGAGAAAUGCCUGAACAUAAAAUUCUUGCCUCACAAGCAAGUCAGCCUAGAGAGGAAAAGAGAUCCACAAAUAUAAAAUUACAACCCAAAGCAAGGGGCAUAGGACGUCAGAGAAAGAUUUAUCUGCUUUCAGAACCUCUCCUAAACCCAGCUCCUUUAAGCUUUCUCACGCGCUUCCACUUUCACUGCCCCAACGUCCAACGCGGGCGCAGAGAGAAGGCGCGGGCGGGGCGGGAGAGGGCCGGCGUUGCAGACCCCACCUCAUUGGCUUUCCGGCCGGCCGGAAGCGGCGGUGCACUUCGGCUGCGCAUGCGCUCCUCACACGUGCUUCCAGAACGCCCCCUCCGCUGCCGCGGCUAGGCCGGCAUCAUGGUGCAGAUUUCUGCCCUGCGGCUGCUAAGACGCCCGGGAACGAGAGGAGUCUCGCUCCUGGAGUACUCUACCCCCCGCCACUACAGUUCGGCCCCUCUCCGUGCCCGCGACGAUGCUCGCGACGCGCGCGCUUUCUUCACGACACCCAUUUUCUACGUGAACGCGGCGCCGCACAUCGGGCACCUGUACUCGGCGCUACUGGCAGACGCCUUGUGCCGCCACCGUCGCCUCCGAGUUCCCAGCGCCGCCGCCACGCGAUUCUCCACUGGUACCGACGAGCAUGGCCUGAAGAUUCAGCAAGCAGCAGCCGCUGCGGGCCUGGCCCCGACCGAGCUGUGCGACCGAGUGUCUGCCCAGUUCCAGCAGCUUUUUCGGGAGGCUGGCAUCUCCUCUACCGACUUCAUCCGUACCACCGAAGUCCGGCACCGGAUCGCUGUGCAGCAUUUCUGGGGAUUGCUGAAGGCCCGGGGUCUGCUCUACAAGGGUCUCUAUGAAGGUUGGUAUUGCGCCUCCGAAGAGUGCUUCCUGCCUGAGGCCAAGGUCACCAGGCAGCCGAGUUCCUCGGGGAAUUCGUGUCCUGUGUCUUUAGAGAGUGGGCAUCCCGUAGUCUGGACCAAGGAAGAAAACUACAUUUUCAGGCUUUCUCAGUUCCGAGAGCCUCUUCAGCAGUGGCUGCGGGGCGACCCUCAGGCAAUCACUCCUGAGCCAUUUCAUCACGCAGUUCUUCAGUGGCUAGAGGAGGAGCUGCCAGACCUGUCAGUCUCUCGAAGGAGCAGCCACUUGCAUUGGGGCAUUCCUGUGCCCGGGGACGACUCGCAGACCAUCUACGUAUGGCUGGAUGCCUUGGUCAACUACCUUACUGUAAUUGGCUACCCAAAUGCUGAGUUCAAAUCUUGGUGGCCAACCACCUCUCAUAUCAUAGGCAAGGACAUUCUUAAAUUCCACGCUAUCUAUUGGCCUGCCCUCCUCUUAGGGGCCGGCAUGAGCCCACCACACCGCAUCUAUGUCCACUCACACUGGACGGUCUGUGGCCAAAAGAUGUCCAAAAGCUUGGGCAACGUGGUGGAUCCCAGGACUUGCCUUGAUCGCUAUACUGUGGAUGGCUUCCGAUACUUUCUUCUUCGGCAGGGGGUCCCCAACUGGGACUGUGAUUACUAUGAUGAAAAGGUGGUUAAGUUGCUAGAUUCCGAGCUGGCAGAUGCUUUGGGAGGCCUCUUGAACCGGUGUACUGCCAAUAGAAUAAAUCCUUCUGGGACCUAUCCGGUUUUCUGCACUACCUGCUUUCCCAGUGAGCCAGGGUUGGUGGGGCCGUCAGUUCGUGCUCAGGCAGAGGACUAUGCUUUGGUGAAUGCAGUGGCCACUCUGCCCAAGCAGGUAGCCGACCACUAUGAUAACUUUCAGAUCUAUAAAGCUCUGGAGGCAGUGUCCAGCUGUGUCCGGCAAACUAAUGGCUUUGUCCAAAGGCAUGCACCGUGGAAGUUGAACUGGGAGAGCCCAGUGGAUGCCCCCUGGCUGGGUACUGUGCUUCAUGUAGCCUUGGAAUGUUUGCGAGUCUUUGGAACUUUGCUCCAGCCUGUCACCCCAAGCCUAGCUGAUAAGCUGCUAUCCAGGUUGGGGGUGUCUGCCACAGAGAGGGGCCUUGGAGAGCUCUGUUUCUUGCCUCGAUUCUAUGGACAUCCAUGUCCUUUCGAAGGGAGGAGGCUGGGACCUGAAACUGGGCUCUUGUUUCCGAGACUAGACCAGUCUAGGGCCUGGCUGGUAAAAGCCCAUAGGACCUAGAAACUUAGUUUUUAAAUUGGCUUGUGGUAAAAAAGCAAAUGUGUUAUUUUCUUAUUUUGCGUUUUUAGGAAAAUUAUGCUAAUGUUUUCUAAAGUGUUGCAUCAUAUGAGCACAUAAACAGUGUCACUGUGAUAAGAGGUUUGUAGCCUUUCAGGUGCCUCCCCUCCUAGUCUUCAGUUCUCUGUGCCCAUUAACCACUAUCCUUUGUACACCAGUGUCUCUAAGAUGUCUCCAGGGUCAAAGAUGGGUGAGAGACAACUUUGCUGAUACUAUUCCUUCUCAUUGUGCCUCCUUCCAAACCACAGUUAAUGUUAUUUGCCCAGACUACCUCUUAUGGCUUGUUUUCCAUUGGCCUGGCCUCUGCUGGGCAAAUUAGUGAAGAUUGGGGGUUGGAGGCCCCCUACCUCAGCUUUUACAUAGUAGUCCUACUUUGUUAUAUAUGUUGGGUUUCCUACUAAAAAUAAACAGGUUUCUUUAUUAAGCCUUUAAAAACCAGUGUCCUAGACAAGAUGGUUUUUGCCCACGUUUAUAUUUUCAUUUCUUACAACUAUGACUCCCUACCUACUCUGUUAAUAGUCUGAAUAGUUGUGCUUUGUAACAUUACACUUCAACCAGUAGAUGGCUCUACAGUUUCACAUAUUUGAUUACCUAACAUUGACGUUUCAGAAUAUUUAGGAUAAAUUUGUUUUCUGCUAAUUUGGCAGAAUUUAAAGCAAAAUUUUAUUGCUUUUCUUAAAAUAAGGGAAGACUGUAACCACUGCUGUUUUACAUAAAGCAAUAAAAAAAGAUCAGAAUCCUAUUUUUUCAAACUACUAAAAAAGGACAUUUACUCUAUUAAACGUUUAGUAAGGUAAUAAGUAAAUGUAUCAAAUGCGUUUGGACUAUCCGUGAUAAAUUAUAAAGCUCUCGAGUUGAUUAUGUUAAAAAUUUUAAACUUUAAUAACAGGUUUACAGGUAUGAUUUAAAAAAUUUGUAAACAGCUCAAAAUGGUUAUAUUUUCUUUUUAUUUCUGAAUCAUAAUUUUGUUACCACAUACAUAAUUUACCUUAUGUGAUCUUUUUUGGCAAAUCAGAAUCUAUAAUACAAUAUAGACAUUGUGGAAUAGUUAUAAAUGUUAAUACAUAUACUUUCAAGUACUUUUUACCGAUUAUUUCUUUUGCUGUCUUAAGUUAUUAAAGUUUAAAAGUCUGUGAGUACCUUA